AUGUCUUCCACUAGAACUUACGAUCUUUUGAUCAAGCUUCUCAUCAUUGGCGACUCUGGUGUCGGCAAAUCUUGUUUGCUUCUUCGCUUUUGCGAUGAUCAGUUCACUCCUAGUUUUAUCACUACCAUUGGCAUUGACUUUAAAAUACGCACUAUUGAUUUGGACGGAAAGAAGGUUAAGUUACAAGUAUGGGAUACCGCUGGUCAAGAAAGAUUCAAGACUAUCACAACCGCUUACUACAGAGGUGCCAUGGGUAUACUACUCGUCUACGAUGUCACAGAUCAAAAGUCUUUUGAAAAUAUCCGAUCUUGGUACGCUAAUGUCCAGCAACACGCCAGCGAAAAUGUUGUUUUAGUUCUUGUUGGUAACAAAUCCGAUAUGACUGAUAGACGCGUCAUUUCCACUGAGCAAGGUCAGGCUCUUGCUGAUGAAUUGGGCAUUCCUUUCAUUGAAUCUAGUGCCAAGAGUAGCGACAAUGUUGAUGAAACUUUCUUCAGCCUUGCCCGUCGUGUUAAGGAGAAUGUUUUGACUUCUACAGGUAAUGAAAAUGAACAUGCUGGCGCAGUCAAUGUUAGUGCUCCCUCCAACGAUGGCAUAUCCAAGAAGUGUUGCUAA